GGGGACGGAAUACGGAUUUUUGCUCUAAUGAAGGCGGGAGUGCAGGCGCAUCGUUGGAGCCGGGUGCUGUUCUUAUAUAUGGGGCUACUGGCCGCCUCAGUAAAGGCUCAGAACUGCAGUUACACACUACACAGUCCCAAUGGGACGAUAGAGAGCCCCGGCUAUCCUUAUGGUUAUCCUAACUAUGCCAACUGUACAUGGGUGAUUGUUGCGGCGGAGCACAACCGGAUACAGCUGGUGUUUCAAGGCUUCGCCCUAGAGGAGGACUUUGACAUCUUGUCUGUAUAUGACGGGCCACCCAGCCCUGGGAACCUUCGGACACGGUUAACGGGGUUCCAGCUGCCUUCACCCAUUGUGAGUACAGGAUCCAGGAUCACUUUGUGGCUGCUGUCUGACUACGCGGUCAGUGGGCAGGGAUUUAAAGCUGUCUAUGAAGCUUUGCCCAGCUACACGUGUGGUAAUCCUGGACAGCUAUUCAAUGGCCUCCAGCAGGGGUCCACAUUCAACAUCGGAGACAAAAUCCGCUACAGCUGCAGCCCGGGCUACGUGCUUGAGGGUCACACUACCUUGUCCUGCCUCGCCACUUCAGCGGGUACAGCUGCAUGGGAUUUCCCCCUGCCCUACUGCAGAGCGGAUGAUGGGUGUGGCGGGACACUGCGAGGCCAGAGUGGGGUGAUCACCACUCCCAAUUACCCCGCCGAGUACAACAACAACGCCGACUGCACCUGGACUGUGCUGGCCGAGCCGGGUGACACCAUCGCCCUGGUUUUCUCCGACUUUCAGCUGGAAGACGACUAUGACCUGUUGGAGGUCAGCGGUACAGACGGAUCUUCACAGUGGUUCACUGGCCCCAACCUUCCCUCACCCAUCAUUAGCAGCAAGAACUGGCUUCGGCUGCAUUUUACCUCUGACGGCAACCACAAGUUGAGAGGUUUCAGUGCCCAGUACCAAGUGAAGAAAAUGACUGAACUCAAGUCUCGAGGUGUAAAGAUGUUACCAAGCAAAGACAAUCACCACAAGAUAUCAGUGUUGUCUCAGAUGGGUGUAGCGCAGGGACACAACAUGUGUCCAGACCCAGGCAUUCCAGAUCGGGGAAAAAGAAAAGGCUCUGACUUCAGGCGUGGAGCCACAGUCCACUUCUCCUGUGACGAGGGUUAUGAACUGCAGGGCUCAAAGAGCAUCAGCUGUCUCAGAGUGACGGACAGCUAUGUAGGCUGGAGCGAUGAUCGGCCCAUCUGCAGAGCACCGAUGUGUGGAGGUCAAUUGAGAGGACCCAGCGGUACGAUCACAUCUCCAAACUACCCGGUCCAGUAUGACAACAAUGCUAACUGUACUUGGGUCAUCACAGCCACAGACACAUCAAAGGUGAUCAAGCUGACAUUUGAGGAUUUUGACCUAGAGCGAGGCUACGACACCCUGACAGUGGGAGAUGGCGAGGUGGUGGGAGACCAGAAGACCAUCUUCCACGUCCUGUCUGGUACCACUACUCCAGACCUCGUGGUUAGCACUAGUCACCAGAUGUGGCUGAAUUUCAAAACGGACGACACCAGCGGUUCCCUUGGCUUCAAGGUGUCCUAUGAAGAAAUUGACCAGGGCAGUUGUGGAGACCCUGGUAUCCCAGCUUAUGGCAAACGUGAAGGGACUGGUUUCCGUCACGGGGACAGACUGUACUUUGAGUGCCUGCCUGCCUUCGAGCUGGUGGGGAAGAAGAACAUCACCUGUCAGAAGAACAACCAGUGGUCGGCCAAGAAACCCAGCUGUGUUUUUUCCUGUUUCUUCAACUUCACCACUCCAUCUGGGGUGCUGCUAUCUCCCAACUACCCUCAGGAGUACGGAAACAAUAUGCACUGUGUGUGGCUUAUCAUCACCAACCCUGAGAGCCGGAUCAAUCUGGCUUUCAACGACCUGAGCAUGGAGAAACAGUUUGACUUCCUCUCGAUCAAAGAUGGGGGAAAGGCUGAGUCUCCUAUACUGGGUACCUUCUCCGGUGACAUCCUGCCUCCUCCCAUCACUACUAGUGCCCAUGUGGCACGGCUGGAGUUCCUGACUGACCACACCUACACAAACAGAGGCUUUAACAUCACAUUUACAACGUUUCGACACAAUGAAUGCCCAGACCCAGGAGUGCCGGUUAAUGGGAAGCGCUUUGGUGAGAGCCUUCAGUUGGGCAGUUCCAUCUCAUUCCUGUGUGAGGAGGGCUUCGUCAAGACCCAUGGCUCGCAGACCAUAUCCUGUAUUCUUAAGGAUGGCAAUGUGGUGUGGGACAAUGCUGUUCCUCGCUGUGAAGCUCCGUGUGGAGGCGAUCUGAAGUCUCCCAGUGGGAUCAUCCUCUCCCCUGGCUGGCCAGAACUCUAUAAGGAGGCCCUAAACUGUGAAUGGAUCAUUGAGGCUCCUCCAGGCUACCCCAUCAAGAUCAUUUUCGACAAGUUCCGCACUGAGGUCAACUAUGACAUCCUUGAGGUCCGUGAUGGACGUUUCCCCUCUUCACCUCUGAUCGGAAGUUACCAGGGCACCCAGGUUCCCCAGUUCCUCAUAAGCACCUCCAACUUCGUGUAUCUGCUCUUCUCCACUGACAAGAGCCACUCUGACAUCGGCUUCCGCAUACGUUACGAAACCCUGCAGUUACAGUCAGAUCACUGCGUGGACCCUGGAAUACCUGUCAACGGACAGCGACAUGGAAAUGACUUCUACGUGGGCGCUUUGGUGACAUUUAGCUGUGACGCAGGGUACACGCUUAGUGACACAGAGCCUUUAGAAUGUGAACCCAAUUUUCAGUGGAGCCGCCCUCUGCCUAGCUGUGAUGCGUUGUGCGGAGGUUAUAUCCAGGGCAACGUGGGCACCAUCCUGUCACCGGGCUUUCCAGACUUUUACCCGCACAACCUUAACUGCACGUGGAUAAUCGAGACCUCCCAUGGCAAAGGUGUCCAAUUCACCUUUCACACCUUCCACCUUGAGAGUCCUCAUGACCAUUUGCUGGUGACAGAGAAUGGCAGCUUCUCUCAGCCCCUGUGGAAACUGACAGGCUCCACCUUGCCCACGCCUCUCAGCGCAGGCCUGUUUGGAAACUACACGGCUCAGAUCCGCUUUCUGUCUGACUUCUCUGUUUCCUACGAGGGAUUCAACAUCACCUUCUCUGAAUAUGAUUUGGAGCCAUGUGAGGAUCCUGGAAUCCCACCGUACAGUACCAGAAAGGGCCUGCAGUACGGGGUUGGGGACGCCCUUAUCUUCUCUUGUUUCCCAGGUUACCGACUCGAGGGUCCGGCGAGGGUGGUGUGCUUAGGGGGCAGGAGGCGGGUGUGGAGCUCCCCUCUGCCAAGGUGUGUUGCUGAAUGCGGCUCAUCCGUGACUGGCAUGCAAGGGGUGCUUCUCUCACCCAACUACCCCGGUUACUACGGCAACAACCACGAGUGCAUCUACUCCAUCCAGACGCAGCCUGGCAAAGGCAUCCAGCUACGAGCACGAGACUUCAGAUUGGAGGAAGAUGACGUACUUAAAGUCUUUGAUGGCAGCAGUAAUAACGCUCGUAUGCUGGGGCUGUUUACAAGCAGUGAGCUGCUAGACACAACUCUGAAUUCCACGUCUAGCUCCAUGUGGCUUGAGUUCGUCAGCAAUGCCGAUAAUACCAGUAAAGGCUUUGAAUUGCACUUCACCAGUUUCGAACUGGUGAAAUGUGAGGAUCCAGGUGUUCCCCAGUUUGGCUACAAGCGGGAGGACAAGGGCCAUUUUGCAGGGAGCACCGUAUCAUAUAGCUGUGAUCCAGGCUACACCCUUAAAGGCCCUGAGGUGCUCACCUGCCUGAGGGGAGAAAGGAGAGCAUGGGACAGCCCCCUCCCACUCUGUGUUGCGGAGUGUGGCGGUACCAUCAAGGAUGAGCCUACUGGUCGUAUCCUGUCUCCGGGCUACCCAGCUCCAUAUGAACACAACCUGCACUGUAUGUGGACCGUUGAGGCCGCCCCUGGAAGCACUAUCAGUCUGCAUUUCCUUGUUUUCCACACGGAGGAAGUCCACGAUGUGCUUCGGAUCUGGGAUGGGCCCCAGGAUGGAGGGGUCCUGCUGAGGGAGUUGAGUGGCUCAGUGCUGCCCCCGGAUGCCCACAGCACCUUCAACACAAUCAGCCUGCAGUUCACCACAGACUUCUUCACUAGCAAGCAGGGCUUCGCUCUGCAGUUCUCAGUCUCUACUGCGACCUCCUGCAAUGACCCAGGCAUGCCCACUAAUGGUACCCGUGGCGGUGACAGCAGGGAACCAGGGGAUCAUGUGGUGUUCCAGUGUGAUCCCGGUUACAUCCUGCAGGGGGCCAAUAGGAUCACCUGCACUGAGAUCAAUGGUCGCUUCUUCUGGCAGCCAGACCCUCCUACAUGCACAGCUCCAUGUGGAGGGAACCUGACUGGUCCAAGUGGGCUGAUUCUGUCUCCAGAUUAUCCUGAACCUUACCCUCAUGGGAGGGAGUGUGACUGGACGGUUACUGUCACACAGGACUAUGUCAUCGCUCUUAGCUUCAACCAAUUCAGCCUGGAGCCCAGUUAUGAUUUCUUACACAUCUACGAUGGGCCAGACUCUCUCAGCCCGUUGCUGGGAAGUUUCUAUGGUACAGACGUUCCAGAUCGCAUCGAGAGCAGCUCCAACACACUCUUUCUGGCUUUCCGCAGUGAUGCUUCCCUCAGCAGCAAUGGAUUUGUGCUGCAGUACACAGAGAACCCCAGGGAGUCUUGCUUCGAACCGGGUGUGGUGCGCAACGGGACACGGGUGGGCGCCGACCUCAAGCUGGGCUCCACGGUCACCUACCACUGCGACAGCGGCUACACGCUAGAGGGAGACCCAACCCUCACUUGCAUCAUGGGGGGAGAUGGAAAGCCAAGUUGGAACAAACCCAAACCCAUCUGCAUUGCUCCAUGUGGUGGACAGUACUCAGGUUUGGAGGGAGUGGUCUUGUCUCCUGGUUACCCUGGCAACUACAGCACCGCAAGAAGCUGUUUGUACUCUGUUGUCGUGCCCAAGGAUUACGUGGUCUUCAGCCAAUUCGCCUUCUUCCAGACAGCUCUGAAUGAUAUUGUGGAGGUUUAUGAUGGGGCAACGCAGCACUCCCGUGUUCUUAGCUCUUUGUCUGGAGCGCACACAGGCGAGUCGUUGCCAUUAGCAACCUCCAACCAAAUCCUGAUCCGCUUCACCUCCAAAGGCCAGUCGAGUUCUAGAGGAUUUCACCUGGUCUACCAGGCUGUACCAAGAACCAGCGCCACCCAGUGCAGCUCAGUCCCCGAGCCCCGAAACGGCCGCCGUAUGGGCAACAACUUUGCUGUUGGCGCAGUGAUUCGCUUUGAGUGCAGCCCAGGUUAUAUGCUGGAGGGAUCGAGUGCCAUUGAAUGUUUGACAGUUCCCAAUGCCCUGGCACAGUGGAACAGCUCCAUACCCAGCUGUAUAGUUCCAUGUGGAGGUAAUCUGACCCAUCGAACUGGGACCAUUUUAUCUCCUGGGUUUCCUGAACCUUACCUCAACAGUCUCAACUGUGUCUGGAAGAUCACCGUUCCUGAAGGAUCAGGAAUCCAGAUUCAGGUAAUCAGCUUUGUCACAGAGCAGAACUGGGACUCGCUGGAGGUGUUCGACGGAGGAGACAACACUGACACCAUGCUUGGCAGCUUCUCAGGCACCACGGUUCCAGCUCUCCUCAACAGCACCUCCAACCAACUCUACCUCCACUUUUUCUCUGAUAUUAGUGUGUCUGCUGCUGGAUUCAGGUUGGAAUACAAAACGGUGUCGCUAACCAGCUGUCCAGAACCUGUUGUUCCCAUGAAUGGCAUCAAAGUCGGGGAGCGUCUUCAGAUGAAUAAUGUGGUGUCUUUCCAAUGUGAACCUGGAUAUACUCUGCAGGGAAACUCGCAUAUCACAUGUAUGCCUGGGACCGUCAGACGAUGGAACUACCCACCUCCUCUCUGCAUAGCUCAAUGCGGUGGAAUCCGGGAGGAGAUGGAGGGCAUGAUUCUCAGUCCCGGUUUCCCCGGCAACUACCCUAGCAACGGUGACUGUACCUGGAGAAUCUACCUGCCAGUCGGUUACGGAGCCCACGUCCAGUUCCUCAACUUCUCCACUGAGGCCAACCAUGAUUUCCUAGAAAUACGCAAUGGACCCCUAGAUACGAGUGCCGUGAUUGGCCGAUUUAGUGGCCAGGAUAUACCGUCCUCCCUUCUCACCACCUCCCAUGAGACUACAGUAUAUUUCCAUAGUGAUCAUUCGCAGAACAAACCGGGGUUCAGGUUUGAGUACCAGGCUUAUGAACUACAGGAGUGCCCUGAUCCAGAACCUUUCCACUAUGGAGUGGUGGUGGGUGCCGGUUUCAAUGUGGGCCAGUCUAUAUCCUUUGAGUGCCUGCCUGGGUAUCAGCUAGUGGGAUAUUCCAUCCUCACCUGUGAGCAUGGCACCACACGCAACUGGGAUCAACCUUUCCCUCGCUGUGAAGUGCCAUGUGGUGGAAACAUCACAUCAGACAAUGGGACCGUCUUCUCCCCGGGUUAUCCAGAAGAGUACCCCAGCUCAGCUGACUGCUCCUGGCUGAUCACUGUGGCUCCUGGCUUCGGCAUCAAACUGAACUUCACCCUGCUUCAGGUUCAUGGGCCACACGACUUCAUCACUGUCUGGGAUGGUCCACAGGAAACUGCAAGGAAACUGGGAGUGUUCACUGAUGGUGAGCCCAAUGAGCCGCCCAGUAGCACAUCCAAUCAGGUGCUGAUACGUUUCCGUAGCAACACAGAGAAGGGUGGAUUGUUCCGUAUCGGUUAUCAAGCUUACAGGCUGCAGUACUGCUUGCCUCCCCCUAUCAUCCCUAAUGCGGAGAUCCUGAUGGCCAGCAAAGAGUUUAAAAUUGGUGAUAUAGUGCGCUACAGAUGUUUUCCAGGCUACCAGUUAAGUGGAAACAGUAUCCAGACCUGCCAGUUAGGGACACACUUGGAGUUUGAGGGGCCUCCACCCUCAUGUGAUGUGACUUGUCCCAUGAAUGAAGUGCUGACAGCAUCCACAGGUGUCAUCAUGAGCCAGUCACCAGGAACCGGAUUCCCUCAUUUUGAGUCCUGCUCCUGGGUGGUCAAAGUAGACCCCGGCUACAAUAUCACCUUUACUAUAGAACACUUCCAGACCAUCCGUCAGUUUGAUGAACUUGAGAUCUUUGAUGGCCCAUCCAGACAGAGCCCUCUGCUGAUCACCCUCAGUGGUAAUUACUCCAACCCGCUGAGCAUCACCAGCUCCAGUAACAAAGUUUACCUGCACUGGUCCUUCGAUCACACUACCAGCCACAAAGGCUUCCGCAUACGCUACUCAGCGGCCUACUGCAGCCCACCAAACAACCCGGUAAAUGGCACAGUGCACAGUCUGACAGGCACUAAGCUGGGCAGCACCCUGCGUUUCAGCUGUGACCAGGGCUUCCGGCUUAUUGGCCAGAGCAGUGCCACAUGCACCCGGACUGCACAGGGGAUCCACCAAUGGAAUGCACCAGUACCACUUUGCCAAGUCAUGUCCUGUGGAAUGCCAGUGCCUCCUGUCAAUGGAAGUAUUGUGGGCCAAGAAUUCUCUUUAGGAGCCAGGGCUACUUACCAGUGUAACCCUGGCUUUCGGCUUGCCGGACCUGUCACCACUUCAGUGAUCUGUCAGGAAUCUGGGAGGUGGAGCCCCAUUGAGGCUCCUCCAAGAUGCAUUCCGGUGACCUGCCCUGACAUCGGACACUCUGCUGUGGAACAUGGGAGAUGGAGGCUAAUCUAUGGAACUCAAAACCAAUAUGAUGCGAUUAUGAUGCUCACAUGUGACCCAGGAUAUUACUACAGGGGUCAAAGAGUCAUUCGCUGCCAAGCCAAUAGCACCUGGAACUAUCCAGAUCCACGGCCAGUCUGCGAGAUCAUCACCUGCGGGGACCUUGGGACUCCACCAAAUGGCAACAAGAUUGGAACACUCACUGUGUAUGGAGCCACAGCCAUUUUCUCCUGCAACACAGGAUAUACAUUGGUGGGCUCUCGGGUGCGAGAGUGUAUGUCAAAUGGGCUUUGGAGUGGAACACAGGUCCAGUGUCUAGCUGGCCAUUGUGGUACUCCUGAGCCCAUAGUGAAUGGACAGAUCAUUGGGGAGAACUAUAACUAUCGAGGUAGUGUUGUGUACCAGUGUAACCCAGGAUUUCGGCUCAUCGGGGUAUCAGUGAGGAUCUGUGAACAGGAUCACCGUUGGUCAGGACGUACUCCUGUUUGUGUCCCCAUCACAUGUGGCCACCCUGGCAAUCCUACCUUUGGCAUGACCCAAGGAACCCAGUUCAACUUAAAUGAUGCUGUGCGCUUUGUCUGCAAUACCGGAUAUGUUCUACAGGGGGCUGUGAAAUCUACCUGCCAGGCCAACGGGCAGUGGAGUAAUGCUCUCCCAAAGUGUAAAAUUGUAAAUUGCACAGAGUCAGGCCAUGUAGAGAACAGCAUCAAGCAGGUGCUGCCCAGCGGGCCACAUCGAUACAGCUUCCAGACCACUGUGUCAUACCGCUGUAACCCUGGCUACUACCUGCUGGGCACCAGCUCCAUCUCCUGUCAGGGGGACGGUACCUGGGACCGCUCCCUGCCCAAGUGCCUGUUGGUGCUGUGUGACCGCCCCAGCAUGCCACCCUAUGCCCAGAUCUCGGGCGACCGUCGGACAGUAGGCUCAGUCAUCCGCUACAGCUGCAUCGGCCAGCGUAGCAUCAUCGGCAACACGACGCGCAUGUGCCAGCUGGAUGGCCAGUGGAGCGGCUCGCCACCACACUGCUCCGGAGAAUCUGCCGGGCUGUGUGGAGACCCAGGUGUUCCUGUGCACGGUAUCCGUCUGGGGGAAGAGUUUACAGUGAGCAGUGUUGUUCGCUUCAGCUGUGAGCCAGGCUACAUGCUGAAAGGUUCACCAGAGAGAACCUGCCUAGCCAAUGGGACCUGGCUGGGUACUCAACCUGAGUGUCAUGUGAUAUCCUGUGGAAACCCGGGAACUCCACGGAAUGCCCAGAUCCUGAUCCAUGAUGGCCUGACAUUUUCCAGAUCCAUUACUUACUCUUGCAGGGAGGGCUACUACUCUACUGGCCUGCUUACCCGACACUGUACUGUGAACGGGACCUGGACCGGCAACAUGCCCGAGUGCUCUGUAAUCAACUGUGGUGAUCCCGGAGUGCCAGCCAAUGGGGUCAGGUUGGGGAGUGAUUUUAUCUACAACCACACCGUCAGUUACCAGUGUUCUCCUGGGUUCAACAUGGAUGCUGACCGGGCCUCCACUCUCAUUUGCACCAAGGAUCGCACCUGGAAUGGCACCAAACCUCUCUGUAAAGCAAUUGUCUGUGGUCCACCACCCACUAUCCCAAACGGGCAGGUUGUCGGCACAGACUUUACCUGGGGCUCCAGCAUCAGCUACUCCUGCAACCAAGGUUACCAGCUGUCCCUUCCCACCGUGUUAACAUGCCAGGGCAACGGCAACUGGAGUGGCGAGAAACCACAGUGUUUCCCUGUGUUCUGUGGAGACCCAGGGAUGCCGGCCCAGGGGAGGAGGGAGGACAGAGGCUUCACCUACCUUUCCUCCGUCUCCUUCUCCUGCUACCCUCCCCUCGUCCUGGUGGGCUCUACCAGGAGAUACUGCCAAUAUGAUGGCACCUGGAGUGGCACACAACCCUCUUGUAUAGAUCCUACUCACACAACCUGUGGAGAUCCAGGCGCUCCUCUCUUUGGAAAUCAGAACAACAGUCAAGGCUAUCAGAUCAGCAGCACUGUGUUCUUCAGCUGUAGAAAGGGCUACUUGCUGCAAGGCUCUAUUUCUCGCACUUGUCUACCCAACCUUACUUGGAGUGGUUUUCAGCCUGAGUGCAUAGCCCACCACUGCAGCCAGCCAGAGUUGCCAGCCCAGUCUGAUGUCAGAGCUAUUGAACUGCCAUCCCUUGGCUACACGCUGAUCUAUACAUGUCAGCCCGGCUUCUACUUGGCUGGUGGAUCAGAGCACAGGACCUGCAGGUCCGAUGGGAGCUGGACUGGGAAACCACCUUACUGUGCAGCACAAGGCUGGAGGAAUGUGUGUGAGCCACCCUCCAAAUUACCAGUCCCUGGUGAUGUAUUUGCUAAGAACUCUCUCUGGAGGGGGUCCUAUGAGUACCUGGGGAAGAAGCAGCCAGCUAUGCUCAGCAUCACUGCCUUUGAACCCUUUAGCAACCGGGUCAACGGGACACUCAUCGACCACAGUGGAGUGGAACUCAAACUCGCUGGAACAUAUAAGAAGGAGGAAGCCCAGCUGCUGCUACAGGUCCACCAGAUCAGAGGCCCUGUGGAGAUCUUUGUCAACAAGUUCAAAAUAGACAACUGGGCUCUAGACGGACAUGUGUCCUACAUCUCUUCAUCCAACUCCUUUGUGUACCAGGGAUUUGUUAGAGGAAAAGGCUUUGGACAAUUUGGUCUCCAGAGACUGGAGAGUUUAGAUACCAGGGGAGACAACCCAGGCUACAACUUUGCCUCCAAUAGCAGUUCAGUGGCGGCAGCCAUCCUAGUGCCUUUUAUAGCCAUGAUCAUUGCAGGCUUUGCUCUGUACCUCUACAAACAUAGAAGAAGACCCAAAGUCCCCUUCAAUGGUUACGUGGGCCAUGAGAACACUAAUGGACGAGCUACGUUCGAGAACCCAAUGUAUGACCGCAACAUUCAACCCACUGACAUCAUGGCCAAUGAGACAGAGUUCACAGUCAGCACAGUGUGCACAGCUGUAUAG